AUGUCUCCCUCGACUGCAGAUGCGCCCACGGCUAACGGCGGUGCCGGCGCGGCACCGGCACCGUCGUCGUCCGCGCGCGUCGGCCCCCAUCCCGGCUUCAUCUCGAGCUCCAACCAGUACAGCUCCGAGGUCAAGAUCCGGCGCAUGCUCAAGGACAACGGCUGCGACCCCGCGCGGGAGGAUAACUACCGCCUGCAGGGCGUGCAGCUCAUCGACAACGUCCGACAGCACCUCCAGCUCCCCGUGAGGACCUUUGACACGGCAUGCACCUACUUCCACAAGUUCCGCCUCAACUUCCGCGACGCAGAGUACAACUACCAGGAUGCCGCGCUGGCGUCCCUCUUCGUCGCCUGCAAGGUCGAGGACACCAUCAAGAAGUCGCGCGACAUCCUCGCCGCCGCCUACAACGUCAAGAACCCGGACAAGACGGUCGCCCCUGAUGACAAGAUCUUCGAGUCCACUAGCAAGGUCAUCAUCGGCCUCGAGCGCCUCAUCCUCGAGACCAUCGGCUUCGACUUUCGGACCCGCUACCCGCAGAAGCUCCUCGUCAAGGUCGUCCGUCGCGUCCUCUGCGGCGGAGGCGCAUCCUCGCCCUCGUCCUCCGCCGCGGCGCGCGACUUCUUCGCCACCGCCUACGCCAUGUGCACCGACAUGUACAAGACCUUUGUCCCCAUUAAGCGCACCACCUUUACCAUGGUCAUGGCCGUCGUCGAGCUCACCGCCCGCAUGCGCGCCCACGGCCCCGCCACCGCCGCCGACGACGCCGACAAGCUCGCCCGCGAGAGCGUCGUCGACCGCGUCCGCGAGUUCGCCGCCGCCCGCCCCAAGGGGCAGUACAGCCGCGACGCCGUCGCCGAGACCAUGCUCGACCUGCUGGACCUCUACGUCCAGCACCACAAGGCCACCAAGAUCGGCGCCCUCUUCGACCUCAACACCUUCAUCGACAUCAAGAUCCGCCUCAACGGCGACCUCGACGCCGCCGCCGCCCCGCGCUACCUCUACCACUGCACAAAGUGCGAGGUCGCCGACGCCAACCCCCUCGUCCCCGUCUCCGCCAUGGCCUCGCCCACGGUCCCCAGCGCGCCGUCCGCCGCCAGCACUAACGGCAACGGCGCCGGCGCCCGCAGCAGAGGGAACGGUGGCGGUAAAGCAGGCGUCGUCGCCACCGUCGCCCCCGUAUGGCCUCCCGACGCCGUUGUGAGGCGCACUGCGCGCGGACAGGACGGCACCAUGCGCUUCGUCUUCGACCCGGAGGCCGCGCGCCAGGAGCAGGACACCUCGGCGCGCUACUUCAACGAGGAGUUUGAGGAGCACGAGGUCGAGGUCGAGGAGCCUGUGCCCCCGCCGCCGCCACCACAGCACCCCCAGCAGCAGCCACCCUCGGAACCCCAACGGGACAGGGAGGCCGCUGCGGCGGGCGGCGGGCGUGGGGGCGGGCCCUACAGAGGCGGUUAUAGGGAUCGCGGCGGGGACUACAGGAGAGGCCCGUAUGGAGGAUAUAGAGGAGACAGGGGCGGCUAUCGGGGUAGAGGCCGUUAUCACUGA